AUGAAAAUGCAUCGCUCUCUGCUUUGCUUGGUCGUCACGCUCAUGUCCGUGCUACACUGCAGCUGCCAAAGCUCGGACGAGCGCGUAUUACCAAACGAUCCCAAUUACCCGGAGCUCGAUCACAGCAAGAUGGCGAGCCUGAACGGAUUGCUGGACUCGUUGGACCACGACAGCCGGCAGGUGGGUGGCAGCAACCCGGACGACUACGAGACGGCCGAUGGUAUCGCAGCGCGCCUCGGCUAUCCGCAUCUCAACGGCGAUGCAAAACGAAGCUGGAGCAAGAUGAAUGCGGCCUGGGGAAAGCGUGCGGGUUCGCGGAAUUCUGGAUGGACCAGGAUCGGUGCGGCAUGGGGCAAACGAGAACCAGGAUGGAAUAAUUUGAAAGGACUUUGGGGCAAGCGGGCUGACAAGUGGGACAAGCUGGCAGCGGCUUGGGGCAAACGACAAGAACUUAGUCGGAGCUAUUAAUAAGCGACUGCUGCGGCAGCAGUAGCAACUCUAUCAAACCAU